CUCGAGGGCAUAAGGAACCAUGUUGGAAUUCUACCCUCCGCUACCAGGUAGCUUGAACCGGCAGGGUGAGUCGGGUCCGCCGACUAUGGGAUCUGCUGCACCUCCGAUUCCAUUUCGUCCUGCAAAUGACAAUAAUAAUGCAGAGCCAUCAGUAUCAGUGAAAACGGAAUCAGGCCUUUUGGAAACGAUCUGCGCCGGUUGCGGUCGCACCAUAGUCGACAAGUACGUGAUGCAAGUAGCUGGAAGAAACUAUCACGAGGAAUGUCUGUCAUGCGCCGCGUGUGCGACACCUUUAAUUCAUUCUUGUUUCAUCCGCGAAUUAAAACUCUAUUGUCGGACCGACUACGAGCGGAUCUUUGGAGUCAAAUGUGCACGAUGCAUGGAGAAGAUCAGCUGCUCGGAUUUCGUGUUAAGGACACCGGGUUCGGUAUUUCACGUGGAGUGUUUUGCGUGUUGCAUGUGCGGCCAACCAUUGCCUCCUGGCGCCCAUUACUUCCUACGUCAGGGACAACCGAUUUGUCGAAGAGAUUAUGAACACGAGUUGUACCUGAACAGUCCUCAAGACGAUGAUUUAUUGGACGAUAAUAGACCCCGUGAUGGUCGUCGGGGACCCAAACGACCACGGACGAUUCUCACAUCAGCGCAGAGACGUCAGUUCAAAGCGUCGUUUGAAGUAUCGCCGAAACCUUGUCGAAAAGUUCGUGAAGCUUUGGCGAAAGAUACAGGUCUUAGUGUACGUGUGGUGCAAGUAUGGUUCCAAAAUCAACGGGCGAAAAUGAAAAAGUUGCAAAGGAAAGCGAAGUCCGAGCCUGGAUCGGAUAAAGAACCAAAGGAGGAACGUCGGACAGAAAGUCCUCAUAGUGAUCACAGUCAUUACUUGAACGCCAUGAACAUGCGCGACGGGGAAUCUUCUAGUUUCCCCUCAGCAACUCAACCGCUCAACCCCAAUAACCCGUACUCGCCCGACGACGCGUAUCCAGGUCAUUCAGGUGAGAGUUUUUGCAGCAGCGAUCUAUCGUUGGAUGGCACAGAAGCUGGCUUCGAUAUAGGUGAGAACGAAAGUGGUGGUGGCCAAGAGGGUGGCCAUCAGAGUAGCAGCCACUCCCACCAUGGACCGACGUCUCACGAGGCGCCCUCCUUGUCUCAGAGUUUGCACGCUGCGAUUCAUAAUCCAAUCGACAAACUGUUUAUGAUGCAGAGUAGUUAUUUUAGUGGUGACCAUGCGUAAUCUUUGAGAGAGAAGAGGAAAACAUGAGAAAAUGCGAAAUAAGAGAAAAAGAAAGGGAAAGAAAAGAAGAAAAUAAUGUUCUCCUCUUUUUCUCGUGACUGGUUCACCCUAACCCCAUCGGCGUAGCUGGUCCCUGCGCGUAAUCGAUGUGUCGUUAAUUGCAACACUUCCUGUCUUUUGGUUCGUGAUUCAAAAUGCAUGAAAAAAACUGUACAGCAUUUUUUUUUGAUUUAUUUUUCUUAGAUCUUAAAAUAGAUGGAUAUGUUUAAUUAUUUAUUAUAAGUUUUUAAAAAAAAAUUAAAUCAAUACAAAUAUAAUAUGUAAUGAAUUAAUAUUUAUUUUUUUAUCUAGCAAGUAUUAGCUUAGUUUAGUUUAAAAAAAAUGUUUAGUUAUUAGAAUAUUUUAUUAUUUAAAUAUUUUUUCUUAUUUUUCUUUGAUUUAUUUCUAUUUAUUUUAUUUAUCUAGUCAGGUAAAUUUUGCUUUAUCAAGACAUUUUAAUUUUUAUUUUUUGAUUCUGUGAUAUGCAUUUAUUUGUUUGAUUUGUUAUUUUGAUAUACUAUCAAAUUUUUAAUUUUUAUUUCUUAAUUUUUGUUGGAUUUUAAUUUUAUGAUUCCAUUAAUAAAUUUUUGAAUUUUUUAGAUCUAAAACUUUGUCCUUUCUAAAAUGGAAUUUAAAAAAUUUCCAUUAUUUUGAGGUAGUAUUCUUAAAUUAUCUAUUUUCAACUUAUUUCAUUAUCAUAUCAAUUUUAUUUUACUUAUCAUACAUAAUUUAUUCAUUGAUGAGAAAAAAAUGCUGUACAAUAGAUUUUCAUCAGUAUUGCUACACGAUUAUCAUUUUUAAUGCUAUGUCAUUUUAUUAAAAUGAUUCUCGUGAUACUAAAACAAGAGGCAAAAACAUGCGAGCCUAAGAUGUAUCAUUGUUUAGAUUUAAUAUUAAACGAUGAUGAUGUACUCGGUUUCUACAUAUAAAAUGCAUCUAUUUAAACGUUGACUUUAUUUCUGCCAGAUUAUUGUUAACAAACAUAAUUCUGAAUCGAGAUUCUUCUGUAUUGGUAUAUUUUGCAAUAUGUUAAAUUAAUUUUAUUAAAUAAAAAAUAUAUAAAUUAUUCACAAAUUGGAGAAUAUUUCGAGAAAUUAGCAUAUUUAAAAUUAUUUAACAUUAUUAAAGAUAAAAUUUAAUAAAAGAAAAAUUUAAAGGCAAUGCACUUUCAAUAAAAGAAAUAAAAAUAGAAGUAGAAAUUCAAUAAGAAUGAAUGAUUAUCAAGAAAAAUUUCAAUACAUAAAUUGAUCAAUUUAUGGAAUAAAGUUUUCACAAGUUUUUAUUUUUAAUAAUUUUUUUUUUUAAAUUUCAUGUCAUUAUAGUAAAAGAUCUAGCUGUUGCCUUUAAUUUUUUUAAAGUGUCAUAAAAGUAUUAUAUAUUUUUUUAAUUGCUUAAAAAAAAAAGAAGAAAAAACAUUUAUGUGAAAAUCGAUUCAGAAAAGAUUUUUAAAUCAUAGCAUUGCAGUCUAAAUUACAAAAAAAUAAUAGCCAAGCUAUUUAGGUUUGACAAGAAGCAUUUAUUAGAAACCAUACGAGUUAGUGAAAAUUACAAUACAUUGUAUAAAAAAGAAACAUUUUAACAAUCAUUGCUUUAUACCCUAUUAUCAUUUUUUAUUUUAUUUUUAACCAUAAAGAGAUAUUUAAAAAAUCAAUUUUUCUCAAUUAAAUAUUAGAUUAUAAGUUUAUUCGUUCGUUAAUGAAUAAAUCGAUAGAAUCGUUAAUUAUAACCGUUAGAUAUAAUUAAAGCGAUAAAAAGAAGAAAAAAAUGAAGAAAAAUAUAAAUGUAGCAUUUUACAAUAUUUUAUAUAACGAGUUGUGUCGCUAAACACCGAUGUCGAUAAUAUUAAUAAUUCUCUCGAUCGAAUUUAAAAAAAAAUUGUUUAAAGAAAUAUGACAAUUAUUAGUCAUAUGUAAAAUAUGUUUGAGAGAAAUGAAUAUCGAAUCGAAUCGCUGUUUGAAUAAUAAAUGUUUAAUUAACCUUUAUACAGGCCGGGCAUUCACUUUCUUAAAAUUUUAUUUCAUAUAUUCAUUAUUUAAAAGCAACAAUUUUCUUUAAUUAUUUAGUUAAAAAUUCUUAACGAUCAAUCUUUCUUAAUUUUCUUUCUUUUUUGUUUAAAUAGUUUUUUUAUUUGGAAAUUUUAGGUUAUGUAGAAUUUUUAUUUUUAAGAGAAAAUAUUAUUUAUUUUUGUAAUUAUUUUUUCAUUCUAUAUAAAAGAUAUAUUUUUUAAUCAAAGCAACAAAUAUUUUGUUACAUAUAACAAUUUUUCAGCAAAUUUAAAUGUACACUUAUUCAUGUAUUUAAACAAUCACAGGAGAAACAUUCGAAAUAAAUCGGACAAGCCGGGUAAGAAUAGAGAGUUUAUUAUUAUUAUAUUAGAAUAUGACCAAAAAUAAAAUAAAAAAUUCAAAUUUAAAACAUAUAAGCAAAAUACAGAUCUUUUAAGAAAAAUCUGUAAAAACAUACAAAACUUGACAAUCACUUCCGGUUUAAAAAUCGAAAAUAGUCAACAAAUGAUAAUCAACAAAUAAAAAUAAACGUUCCGUUUGUUAUAAAAUCGCGAAUCUAAUUGCACCAAUAUUUUCAUUAAUCGUGAAAUCCAUAAGUACAAUUUUUGAUUUAUUUUUUAUGAAAAAUAAAAUUUCUAAUAAGAUCUUAAAUUAUUAACAUCACAUCUAAUAUAACGAGCAAUUUUUCUCAAUCAUAUAUAUGAUUCCAACAUACAAUUAUUAUAAUAUCACUAUAUUUUUUAAUAUUCAACUGAUAUUUGUUUAAUAAUAUUACAAUAAUAUUACAAUAUUUAUCCAUAUAAAAUAUUUCAUAAAGCAAUGAAGGUUAAAAUACCAUUAAACCAAAGAAGAAAUGAGAUUUUUUAAUGGUAAUAUUUUUUAAAUAUUUUUUAAUAGUAAAAUUUUUUACGUAAUAUGUAUAUAUGAUCUUUAAUUGCAAAAUUAAAAAAAAAUUUUAAACACUAACUUCUAUAACAAAAAUUUUAGACUUUCACGGUUUAUGAUUAUUAUUAUUAACAAUUUGAAGUUUCUAAUAUAAAUCAUGUCCAAUAUAUUAAUAUAUUAAUAUAUUCAUAAAUAUUAUUAAUAUAUUCAAAAAUUUUCUUCCAAUAAUUCUUAUUUGGAUAUAGUUUAUAAAAACUUCAAAUUAUAACAAUAAAAUCUUUAAUUAUAACCUCUUAUCAAUUUCACCAAUUAAUGAUAUUGUCCAGAAAAGUCAAACAAAAAUCGAUAGAAAAAAACACUAAGUUUUAAAUUUCUGGAGACAAAUUAGAUUAAAAUCAAUGAAAAUAUCGAAAUUUAAAUUAAUUAGAAAAUGAUUGUACGAUCGUCGUAACCCCAUUAAAGCGCGAAUAAGCACGAAGGAAAUUCGGGUAACUUCGUAUCGCGUCGGGAGUUUUCGUUCGAUUUCGUGCAAACGAAGUACGAGCGCGGGAGUCGUGUGUCACGAAUCGUUGGACGUAGAGAUUGUGACCGAUUUUUAAUUUACAUAUUUUGUUUGUGUGAGUUUGUACGUGUAUAUAUUGCAUCGUGACUCGCAUGAUAAUCCGAGUAAGUUCCCGCCAGUGACAAUGAUACAGAAGUAGCGGUGCAUCUCUUUUUUACGGUACGUUAUUCCAUGUUGAACUUUGAUCUCUGGUUCAGCUUGCUUGAUUCGUAGCCGCGAACGAAUACAAAAUAAGGCAUUGAUGAUGAGCCUCUGUUAUUGCUGGCGUCAGUUGUCUUAGCUUAGACCUUCAUUCUUUUAUUAUCAUUAUUAUUAUUUCUUUUAUUGUGUCGUUGCUUUUUUUUUGUCCUGGCGUACGAAUGAUUCAGGCGUUGAGAGGUUAUAAUGAUUCGCAAGAAUUCAUAAUGAUUUCUUUAUACUGUUUAACAAUUGUAUAAGAUAUUCAUUUGAUUAUGAAUAAUUUGGUUUUUUAAUUACUUGAGGGAUAAUUGCUUAUUAUGACAAAAAAUUAUUUAAAGUGAUUAUAAUUUGCAAUUUUUUUGGCUCGGAUUCAGGGUAUGCAGGAUACAAUUGAAAUAGGUGGCCAAACUUUUGAUUCCUUUUUAGGGAUUUUUUUAAAAAUUUUACAUUGAAAUUUGACAAGAAAGACUAGAAUAUGUACAAUUACAAAUGCUAUAUUUUUAGUACAGUAGUACCUAUAUAGCUAAACGUAUAUUACGUAAUUGUCUUAAAUUAAUCAUUCUUGUGCAAAAUUUCAAUGUAAAUAAAGAAGUUUACCUACCUAUUUUAUUUGUUUAUAGCUUAUGCAUAUAUAAUAGAUGAUUAUAAAAUUGUUUUCUAUCUUAUAUUAUCUUAUAUUCAUUCAUAACAAUAAUAUUUUUUAAAUCGAAUAGUCGAUAUCUAUAUGAGAUUUGUAAUAUUGUAAUCGUGACUAUAAAUCUGUUUUUUUAAUAAUAAUAAUUUUUUUUAAUAAUUGAUUUCUUUAAUUCUGAUAAUAUAAUUUCUGAUUAAUCAUUUACUUUACAAUCACAAUUAUGUGAUAUUUUUUUCUAACAAGCGUUUCUUUAGUUUAGAUUUUAUAGUAGAUAAUUAUAUAAAUUUUCUAAUAUUAUAAUUAUGAUUUUAAACUUUAAAGAUGAUAUUUUUCUUUAAAAAUAUAAUCAUAUGUAAUUAUCGACAGUAUAGUCUUUCUUCUAUUCUAUAGUCACGAUUAUAUCUUAAUUCGAAAUUAAAUUUCCUUUAAUAUAUAAUAUAAUAGUCACUGACUAUACAUAUUUUUCUUUACGUUUAUAAUUACGAGUUCUCAUUUUUCUCUUUUUCUUAUUUUGAUAUCGUUUCCAAUUGUCACAAAAUAAAAAAAAAAUUUCCUUGUCAACAUCUGAAUCACACUGGAUGUAGAAACAUCCGGUAAGAUGAGCAUAAGUACUCGUAUCACCGAGAACGAAAGAAAAACUCUCGAACGACUUCGUAAAUAUUUUUUUUUCAUUUUCGAAAAAUAAUUAACGUCCAUAUAUAUAUAUAUAUAUCUGUAAACUCUUUCAACAAUAAUCAACAAAUUCGAUAGAAAUGCAACAUUCGUUUUAUAAAAUCUUCGAUCACAGGUUUCGUUUUGUCAUGAUGUUUCUUUCACUUCUUCUUUAUCCUUUUUUUUUUAUUUAUUUAUUUUUUUUUAGUUUCUCUUUUUCUUUGAAGAGCGCUCUAUGUCCAGUGCUGGGCGUCAUUUAAAAAUUAAAAAAUGAAACAUCAUUAUAAUUAAUAUUGAAAAUUUCAUCGAUACAAAACAAAUAUUUUAUCGUAAAAAAAUUUUUUACAAAUGAACCUUAUUAAUUCGUGAUAAUUCUUCCCUUUCGAUUUAGUUUGUAAAAUCGUUCGUCUUAAUUUUAAUUUUCUACAAUACAUAUAUCUUACAAGUUAUAUCUACUUAGCCUUCUAUUAUUUAUUUAAGAUACUUUCGAAUAAACUGAGCAAGUCAAAGAACGUUUAAUUCAUUCUUCUCAAAGUGCUCUCAGGCAGUGCGACUAAGGUGAGCUAGGCAUUUAAUCAUUUAAUAGGCACCGUGUUCGAGGGCACUCCUCUUUGCGAAAAAACGCGAAAUAUUCUUAAUGGACAAUAUUCGAUCUAAUAUUUCUAAUUCGAAAGGGAAGAAUAAUUAAUUUCAUUACAAUUAUACGAUUAGAAUUAAAUUUGAAUAGAAAAAUCUUAAAGAAAAAUAAACAUUAAGACUUACAUUUCGGUUCCUAUAUUCGUUUCAUUUUUUUAUAAAACGCUAUUAUCUUAAGCCUAAUUAGUCACUAUCAAGGAACAAACAGCAACGAUUAAAUUAACAAAUUUAUCCAACACUUUGCGAAAUCAAACUCCAAGCAAUUAAAUUCUCCAUUAAUCAUGUUUCUCUCUCUUUUAUCCAACACUGCACGACUCUCCAUCUUAAUAAAACAUCUAAACUCGGUCUACGUGCACUAACAAGAAGCAUUUCCAGAAUGCACUCUCGCGAUUUUUCACUAAAAGAAAGACUUCCAGCCGCUUUGGAGGUACCUGACUACCUAAAAAGGCGCCGCUCAUUAAGCUAUAAAACUGUGACGAAGCCUCGUCCUCGAUACUCGAACAAGCGUGUCCAAACUGGUUUUUUUUUUUCAUUUAACCCUUCUGCUUUCCUCUCAUCCCCAUCUGUCUGCCUUCCUUCGAUCCUUCUUGAAUUGACGUCGAUCGAAGGCCUCACUUGAAAUUUAUUAUGUCGACCAUGCUCACGUAUGUGCCGACCACAAGACCCAGGAGACCGAAUACGAUCAGCAAGAGAUUUUUUACGAGCAUGAUCAUGCAGGGACCCAAGUCACGGUCUGGCCAGAGGACGCAGAUCUCGAUGAUCGCUGGAAACGCGAUGCCAAGAGCGGAGAGGCAGAGGGCGCCGAAUAGAGAGAUGAAGAGACCCAGUCUGGGAACGGUGAUGGCCAAU